UGAGUAUGGCGUCCAGGGAUCCUGUACCCAGAUGUGACAUCUAAAUCAGAUGAUAAAAGAGGGGGUGGAGAGCAGCCCUGAACCUGAAGAUGAGGCGCCUGUCACGAAGACAAGCCCUGAGCUUGGUGAGGGAGCUGGACGCCUUCCCCAAAGUGUCCGACAGCUACGUGGAGACCUCGGCCUCCGGGGGAACAGUGUCGCUGAUCGCUUUCGGCGCCAUGGCACUUCUGGCUAUCUUCGAAUUCUUUGUCUAUAGAGACACUUGGAUGAAGUAUGAAUAUGAAGUUGACAAGGAUUUUUCCAGCAAAUUGAGGAUAAACAUCGACAUUACAGUUGCCAUGCAAUGCCAGCACAUUGGAGCAGAUAUUCUGGACCUGGCUGAGACCAUGAUCACGUCCAGCGGCCUCCAGUACGAACCGGUUAUUUUUGAACUGACUGCACAACAGAGACUGUGGCAAAGGACGUUGAUUCUCAUACAGAACAGGCUGAGAGAAGAACAUGCCCUUCAGGAAGUCCUUUACAAAUCUCUCCUCAAAGGAGGUCCCACGGCUCUGCCCCCACGGGAGGAUGCCUCUAUAGAGCCAUUCAAUGCUUGUAGGGUAAACGGGCACGUCUACGUCAACAAGGUGGCAGGAAACCUGCACAUCACCGUGGGAAAGCCCAUUCACCAUCCUCAAGGUCAUGCCCACAUUGCAGCUUUUGUGAGCCACAAGACGUACAACUUCUCCCAUCGAAUGGACCAUUUAUCUUUUGGGGAGGAGAUACCGGGCAUCAUCAAUCCUCUGGACGGCACAGAGAAAAUCACCUUCAACAAUAACCAGAUGUUCCAGUACUUCAUCACAGUGGUUCCAACCAGACUGAAUACGUACAAGAUAUCUGCAGACACACACCAGUUUUCUGUGACCGAGCGGGAGCGGGCGAUAAACCAUGCAGCGGGCAGUCACGGCGUCUCAGGCAUCUUCGUCAAGUACGACACCUGCGCUCUGAUGGUGACGGUCAGCGAGCAGCAUAUGCCGCUGUGGCAGUUCCUGGUGCGACUGUGCGGCAUCAUCGGGGGUAUAUUCUCCACGACAGGCAUGCUCCAUGGGCUUGUUGGCUUCUGCUUUGACCUUAUCGGCUGUCGCCUUAAACUUGGAGUCUACAGGCCCAGAGAGGAUGAGCAGCUACACGACCAGAUGAACAAUCUCAACAAUCACCAGACUCCUUUGUUGGCCGACGAUGUCCCUCAGGAGUAGCUGCUUUCAGGCUUUUGGCCAUCGUCAAACGUCAUAAUACGUCAUAAAAUUGUGUUUUUUUUCUACUGAGAAAGGUAAAGCUGUCUGUUGAACACUGUGGUGUCUACUUUAAAAAUAGUAAAGUUCACAUCAGCUCAUUGUGCGAAGACUACAUCUACAAAUGCAGGCAUACUUGUGUUUU